UCGACGAGAGGAAGAUGGCGGACCUUUCCUUGGACGAAUUAAUACGCCGACGCAAUUUUAAUGUCAGAGGCGCAAUUAAGAGGCCAACAUUUGGCAGAGGGGUGGGGACAGUGGCUAGAGGGGCGGGGACGGUGGCUAGAGGGGCGGGGACAGUGGCUAGAGGGGCAGCAAUGGUUGGCCGGACGUUUGAUGCCCGACAGAAGAUUGGCACCAGUGACGUCAGACAGCGACUUGCAGGAGUUUUCCCGGUGAAGGACGCCAGGGAGAAGCUAGGACAAAAGGAUGCGCGGUUCCGUAUUCGGGGUAGAGGGGGCGCCGUGGUGCAGGACGCUCGACAGGCCAUAAACUCUCGGAAACAGCAGCAGGUCCAGGACCUCCCCGUGGCGAGCAGCCAGACACCAGUACCACAUGUCCACCUCCACAACGUCAGCCCCAUCAACACUGGGCCCCGCCUCUCUAAAGUGGUGGAUGCACGUGAUAGGCUGAGCCUAAAGAGAAGCAUUUCCACAUCGCCAAAUCAGGGGUCUGCAGCUCCACUCAAGAUCACCAAAACUAUCCAGCAGAGGCCUGUUGGUAUGACCAGUGGAAUUCGUGUGAACGUCCCUAGCAGGACGGCACAGGGGGUCUCUACUGAUGAUGAUGAAGAAUCCAUCAUUCCUAAUAAACAGAUGAAGAUCACAACAGCAAAUAACCUAGUGCAGACACGGGUGGGGGGCGGAGGUUCUUUCUCACUGUCUCCUCCCAUCACUAAAGUGGUGAAGAACGACUCAUACACAGCUCCGCCCCCUCCUGCUCCUAUUGCCGUGACACCCACUCGCACCAGUGCUCGCUCCCCCACAGAAGCUUUGCAGCCUGUUUCUAGGACAAUGGUUACUGGGCAACAAACAGCUGCCAACACCAGUAGUCAGUCUACACUUCCACAGCCGGUGUUUAGUCCAUUAGAGGGAACCAAAAUCACGGUGAAUAAUUUGCACCCACGUGUCACAGAAGAGGACAUAGUGGAGCUGUUCUGUGUGUGUGGAGCUUUAAAGCGAGCGCGUCUGGUGAAGGUGGGCGUGGCAGAGGUGGUGUUUGUACGGAAGGAGGACGCCGUCAGCGCCUACAGGAAGUACAACAACCGCUGCCUGGAUGGCCAGCCAAUGAAGUGUAAUCUACACAUACAGGGUAAUGUCAUCACAUCAGACCAGCCAAUCCUACUAAGGUUGAGUGACUCUCCUGCUGGUGGUCCAGUAGGCGGGAAGAAGGAGGUGCUUCCUGCUCGCUCUGCCCCUCGCUCCGCCCCUGCUGAGGUUGACCCCCAGACCAUCCUCAAGGCCCUGUUUAAAUCCUCCACGCAGAGCAGCUCCACCACGGAGCCGGCUACUGCACCAGCCACCGCUUUCCGCAUCAAGAUUUAACACACACACACACACACACACACACACACACACAAACUCUCUCUCACACACACACAGGCACACCUACAAACCCACAUACAGGCCUCACCUGAAAAUUAACAUGCGCAUACACACACUAGCCUGAUUUGUAAAAGUUGUUAAUUGGUGACACAAACCUGCAGGUUCCCUGUGGGCACUGAACCCAGCUUCCCCCCCCCCCCAGUGGUGACACCCCUGCAGUUCUG